UCAUGACAGUUCUCUUAAUGUGCAAACUUAAGGUUUCUCUCCACGACUCUGAAUAAUUUAAUUCUUAAUUCAGGAUGAAGUAGCUUCCGGGCGACAGGGUACCAGCAGUAAACAUGGCGGAGGAACUGCUGGAAACAGUGGAUAGACUUCAGUCUCGGCUCCUGGAGAAUCCAGAGCCUCGAAAGCUACUAAAGACUUUCAAAAGACUGGGGGAACUCCCCAUGACUGUGGACAUACUGGUGGAAACUGGAGUGGGGAAGACUGUGAAUUCUUUUAGGAAACAUCAAGUAGCUGGAGAGGUGGCAAAAAACCUUGUAGCCAAAUGGAAGAAACUGGUUCCACAAUCUGCAGACAGACCCACCAACAGCCACGUCAAAGAGGCAUCGCGGGCACACACACACUCUCGGGGCCAAGAGGCAGGUGUUGGAGGAGGACACAGACGCACCCGGGAGCCCUCCCCUGAGGAGGAGCCCUCCUACAUGGAAGAGGAAGAGGAGGAGGAAGAGGAGGAGGAGAGAGGCUAUCACACGAACUACUCGCCCUCACCUCCUCAACACGUGCAGUAUACCCCUCCACAGCGUCGAGGCUACGAGUUGGACGAGUACGAGAGCCCUGAGCCUGAGCCUGAGCCUAGUCCCCCGCCUCCUCGCAAAGAGAUCCGCCACGCCAAACCAAACAAAGAACCCAACAAAAACCAUGACCACGUUGACAGAAACAGGGACAGAGACGAGGAACGGCGGCAGCGCCAUGCACAGAUGAGUAGCGAUCGAGGAGGAGGAGGCGGUGGUGAAGGAAAGAAACGCAGCGCGGACAGAGAGAAUCCAGCACAAAAGGCUGCAAAGCACAGCAGGAAGUCUACCACACAUGAGAGUAAGAGGGAGGAGAAGAAGAAAGGAGGAGAUGACGGGCGACCGCGGGCGCCGAAGGACUCUCCACCCAAAGAGGAGGAGGAAGCCUUCGAGACCCCCACUAUGUCCUUUGAGUCUUUUCUAACAUAUGACGCCCCGGCUGUCAAGAAGAAGAAGAAGCCAUCAUCAUCAUCGUCCUCAUCACACAGUCGACCGUCUCACUCCACGUCGUCCUCCCACCGUACACGCACCCCUCCUCCGCCGCCCACGCCCUCCUCUUCCUCUAAAGCGAGCAAGGCUAACGGCACUCAGAGUACCAAGAGGCCACAUUCAGGCUCCAGUUCAGCAGCAGCGACACCAGAAAAACGCAAGAGGGUGGUUGAGGCCAUUACGACUCUCCCUGAAAUCCCUCUGCCUGCGAUUCAACCCAAUUACAGACCCCUGCCCUCCAUCGACGUCACACCGCUGUCCCCUCAGAGACGGAAAGUUCCUGCCUGUAACGACGAGGAGGACGCCGGGUUCACAGGGAAGCGAUUCAACUCCAAGAUGGUGGUCUACUCAGGAUCCAAGACCGCGUACUUGCCCAGGAUGAUGACUUUGUACGAGCAGUGCAUACGGGUGCUGCAGAACAACAUUGAUUCCAUCGCUGAGGUCGGAGGAGUGCCGUUUGAGAUCCUGGAACCGGUGCUGGAGCGAUGUACACCUGAGCAGCUGUAUCGCAUCGAGCAGAGCAACCAGUGGUUUACUGAGGAAUCUGACGAGCUGUGGAUGCGUCACUGUAAACGGGACUUUAAGCGGGAGACUCCUCAGGAGUACGAGUCGUGGAGGGAGAUGUAUCUGAGGCUGCACGACGAGCGCGAGGAGCGACUGAGGCUGCUCACCCAGAACAUCUCCUCCGCUCACGCCAACAAGCCGAAAGGUCGGCAGGUUAAGAUGGCGUUUGUGAAUUCUGUCGCCAAGCCGCCGCGUGACGUUCGCCGUCGGCAGGAGAGGUUUGGCACCAGUAGUGGUUUGUCCACAGCCGCCUCUACCACCGCUGCAGCUCCCAUCAAAAUAAGGCCAGCUACCACAGACUAUUCUGGUGAAUCGAGCCACACCUUUUCUUCCCAACAUGACCCGUCUCCCGGCUCGUCUCGCUCCUCGGCACCAGGAGGAGGAGGGGGAGGGGGAGGGGGAGGGGGAGGAGCAGCGCAUGCUGCCCGGGACAAGCCACAGGUCAAAAAAAUCGCCCCCAUGAUGGCCAAAACUAUCAAAGCUUUCAAGAACAGAUUCUCCCGCCGAUAGUGUGAAAGAGACUUGAAUGUAUUUUAUGAAUUCCAGCUGUAUUUUUAAUUUAAGUUUAAGAAAAUUUUACUGGAGAUCCCUUAUCCCUGUACGCACACACAUACACACACACCCACACACACGCACACGCACACACACACACACGCACACAUACACCUUCAUCUUUACCCACCAAACAUCAUAUGAACUGAACUAAGUAUUGGUGGAAAAAUGGUUUUAUUUUAUUUAAGUGGUGGCACCUGUUUUGGGGGUCUUAAAAUAAGUAUUUAAAUCAUAAAGGAUGGUGAGUGUGACGUCUUUGUUAAGAACAUUAAGACACACACACACAAACAAACACACAGUCUGUUACUUUUCCUUGUUUUGCAGCAGACAUUUUUAAAGGAAUAGCUCUACCUUUUGGAAAAUACGCUUAUUGGCUUUCUUACUAAGAGUUUGAUACGAAGAUUGACACCACUCUCAUGUCUGUAUGCUUAGCUUAGCAUAGCAAAAUGAUUGGAAACAGCUAGCCUGGCUCUAUCCAAAGGUAACAAAAUUUUACCUACCAGCACCUCUUAAGCUCACUAAUUAACACGUUGUAUCUUGUUCGUUUAAAAGAUACAAAAAACUUGUAGAAAAUGUGGACACCAGGAAGUUACUAGUCACAACCUAGAAAUAGCUUGCCACAUACAGUGACUCUGUAAAACGCUCAGUUGUCAUUUUUACAAAGAAAAGUACACUGUUUUAUACAUAUUAAACUAAUUUAGACAUACUGUGUUAAUGAGUGAGCUUGAGAUGUGCUGGUAGGUGGAUUUAGCUACCAUGCUAACUGUGUCCACCUGUUUCCAGUCUUCCAAGCUAAGCUAACCAGCUGCUAGCUGUAGCUACAUGAUUAGCGUACAGAGAAGACAUAGGACAGAAAGAAUGCUCAUUCAUUUCAUUUAAAGAAUAGUUGUUUGUCACUUUCCAUUACGAUCAAAUGAUACACUACAUGAGGAAAACUUUUUACACACUCUUGUUUUCUCUUUUAAUGGCAUGCAUGGUGCACGCCAACCAAGGCGUCAACUGGCUGGUUAAAGACUUGGCUUUUAAAAAAAACAAAUACACUUGCAUAUUUAAAGAGGUUUUCCUGGUGCGUUUUUAAUGUGUAGAGCUAAAAAUGAAAUCGGUGAAGUACGCGUACACAAACACACCUUAUUUUAACUCUCCUGUGGCUUCAGAUCAUGUUUUCCUGCUGUUGGAUGUGUGUGUCCCUGUUUAUAUCUGCUUCACUGUGACAAAUAUCUUGAGGGAGGAGGAAAAUUACAAUAAGGAAGGAAACUGAUAGGAUGCCUGCAGCUUUAGUCUACAACAAUGAGGAGAUGUAUUUAUUUUCAACACUGGGACCUGGCACCCCACAUCAUGGGCCUGAAUGGAAUUAGAUUAAAAAUUGUAAUUUUAUUAGAUUUUAAUAAAUGUUAUAUGGUCAUUUUUAUUAAAAUUGACUUUUUGCCCUUAAAAGUUUUUGUGUGGUGGUGUUUAUCAAGCAACACAAACAUUUUCUUUGUUUCUAUUAAACACGUGUGCCAACAGGAGAAGUCUUUACUUUCUCUCUAAAUCACUGAAAAAUGUUGGAUAAGUCUGUAGAGUAACAAGGAAAAGCUGUCACUAGACAAUGUGAGUGGAUUUUUUAAGUGUCCGUCUGUCCUGUAGGCAUUUUAAUAGUAUUAGUAUAUUGUUUACAUAAUGUUUUCCUUAAAUCAUGUAAUGUGGCAUUUAUUCCCAAUUAAACCAACAUUUUGUGUUUUGCCUUU